AUGUAUAAUGGGAGGUUGUAUUUCUUGCCUUUCAAUGGGGAGGCAAAGGGAAGAAUAGAGGAAAAAAACAAAUUAACAGAUUAAAAAAAAUAAAAGAAUUACUGGGUUUUAUAGAAUAUUAAAGAGCUAAAGGUGGCAAGGAUCAUCAGUUAGAUGGAAAAGGAGUUAACUGACUGAAAGAAAAAACUUUAGCUUUUAGAGUUUUUAGACAUUAGAAAAUCACUCACAUUUGUUCCUUGCCACUUUCUGACUUAUAUGCAACCUGGACAAUAUAUGCAGGUUGUGUGUGUGUUUGGAAUCCUAAGAGUGGAUGUACAAAAGGGUCUUAGUACCUUACAGAAUGAUUAAGGAUUCAGAAGUAAAGAAAAACCAGUGAGAAACUAGGAAAGGAAAUUACUGUUUGCCCCCCCCCCCUUUAGCUGACUCUAUAAUAAACUAUAUAUAGGAUUCACCUGUAGGACCUCUAGGUUAAACCUAAGCUAACCCCAGGAAGAAGGCUAAAAAUGCAGGAACUCAUUGCUGGGUUGGAGAAAAUCUCCUUUGAUCUUGAGGAUGAUGUGGAGAACCAAAGAGGUAUUGGGUUCCUGCCCUUCCCAGGAAUGGACAAAUCGGGGGUGGCUGUAUGUACCUUCUUUCUCAAAGGCCUCUGUGAGAAAGGCAAGCUCUGUCCCUUCCGGCAUGAUGAUGGGGAAAAGACAGUAGUAUGUAAACACUGGCUGCGAGGGCUUUGUAAGAAGAGCGACUGCUGCAAAUUUCUGCACCAAUAUGACGUCACCAAGAUGCCCGAGUGUUAUUUCUACUCCAAAUUUGGAGAAUGCAGCAAUAAAGAAUGCCUUUUCCUUCAUACUGACUCUGCCUCCAAGAUCCGUGAUUGUCCCUGGUAUGAUCAAGGUUUCUGCAAGUAUGGCCCUUUGUGUAAAUUCCACCAUGUGAGAAGAGUGCUGUGUGUCAACUACUUAGUUGGCUUCUGUCCAGAGGGACCUGGUUGCAGAUUUACACACCUCAAGAUGACGUUACUACAUAAGGCAAGUCACUCAAAGAAUGUAAAUCAACUACAAAGGCCAAUAAAACUUGCUUCCUUUGUGAAAAUGCUUUCUGAACACAGUUGGCAAGAGAGCCCACCAGCUGAAGUGUCAAGCAAGUCCAAUGUGUCCUUUGUAGCAGUUCAUUUGCUUUAGGAUGGGUAUUGAGGCUAAGAGAAUUUUUCCAUCUUUCGUGUUAUGAACUAAUAAUAUAUUUCAAUCAGUAAUCUGGCUGUGAGUAAUCCUCUGUGUAACAAGUCAGGAAAAAACUGUACUCAAGAAGGCAUGACUAUAGGAGAGGGUACAUACUGGCAAAUCAAAUGCUCAAGAUGCCUGAAAGUUACUAGACAAUUCUCAGCGAUGUAAUUUUAUUUUUAUA